AGCUGACGUCAGAGCCAGCCUGGGCAGCUCGCGGGCGUGCUGGCGUUGCUCCGACGAACCGGAGUUGUUUGUUUAGAGCCGAGCUGGCGGGAAGAGGCGCUGAAGCCGGAGCGGAGUUCUCGGCCGCCUCUCCUCUGCAACGGCAAUGCCUGGCUAGCAAAGAGAGCCGUUUGCGAACGCGACCGGGAUCUCCACUCGCCGCAAGCUUAUGUACAUACUCCAGAAAACAAUGAGGGAAACUAUGCCCCAGACGCCAAUAUUUUCCAGCAUGCUUGGUUCUGGAUGUAGUGGGCAAGUACAGCCAGAUACGGGAGAGAGAAGCGGAGAUCCCAUUUAUCAGGAGGGGAGUCUCGUCUCUGGAUCACUGGAGGCCCUGAUUGAGCGCCUGGUACCCACUACAGACUACUAUCCUGAUAGGACAUACAUCUUCACCUUUCUGCUGAGCUCCCGAGUCUUCAUCCACCCCCAUGAGCUCCUAGCUAAAGUCGGACAAAUCUGCCUUAAACAGAAACAGCAACUGGAGGCUGGAGUCGAAACAGACAAGGCAAAGCUCAAGUCCUUUGCUGCCAAGAUUAUCCAGCUCUUGAAGGAAUGGACUGAAACAUUCCCCUAUGACUUCCAGGAUGAGAAAUCUAUGAAAGAGCUGAAGGAAAUUGCUCACAGGAUCACGCAGUGCGAUGAGGAAAACGGAACAGUCAAGAAAAUAAUCAGUCAGAUGACCCAGAAUCUGCUGGUGACCCUUUCUGCACGGAAUCAGUACCAGGAGAUCCGAGAGAAGUUCCGCCAACCCGUCACCGACAAAGGCCCAAUCCUUAAAACGAAGCCUCAGUCAUCGCAGAAGGACAUUCUGAGCAUCUGCUGUGAUCCGUUAGUCCUUGCCCAGCAGCUAACACAUAUCGAACUGGAGAGAGUGAGCAACAUUUACCCUGAGGACCUCAUGCAAAUUGUCAGCCAUGUCGACUCUCUGGAUAAUCACAAGUGCCGAAGCGACGUUAUGAAGACCUACAACCUAGAAGCCUAUGACAACUGGUUUAAUUGCCUCAGCAUGUUGGUGGCCACAGAGAUUUGUAAGGUUGUGAAGAAAAAGCAGCGAACGAGAAUAGUGGAGUUUUUUAUUGACGUGGCAAGAGAGUGCUUCAACAUUGGAAACUUUAAUUCCAUGAUGGCUAUCAUCUCUGGUAUGAAUUUAAGCCCUGUGGCACGGCUAAAGAAAACCUGGUCCAAAGUCAAAACAGCCAAAUUUGAUGUUUUGGAGCAUCACAUGGACCCAUCCAGCAACUUCUGUAACUAUCGAACAGCCCUUCAAGGAGCUGCACAAAGAUCCCAGACAGCACACAGCAGCCGGGAGAAGAUAGUCAUCCCCGUUUUCAACCUGUUUAUUAAAGAUAUCUACUUCCUGCACAAAAUACACACCAACCACUUGCCCAAUGGCCAGAUAAACUUCAAAAAGUUCUGGGAAAUCUCAAGGCAAAUUCAUGACUUCAUGACAUGGAAGCAGGUUGAGUGUCCUUUUGAGAAGGAUAAGAAAAUUCAGAGUUAUCUACUCACAGCACCUAUUUAUAGUGAGGAAGCUUUGUUUAUUGCGUCCUUUGAAAGUGAGGGUCCAGAAAAUCACAUGGAGAAAGAUAGCUGGAAGACGCUCAGAACAACUCUGCUCAACAGAGCCUGAAGUUUUGGACUUUGCUCCAGAUUCUGAAGCACACACUAAGGACAUUAUUUUUAAAUCCUGAAUGACUCAGUUCGAGACAAGGAAGGCCUCACUGGUUGGGGUCUGUUUUGUACAUACGAUACCUUUUGGCUUACAAAAGAAAAGACGUGCUCAAUAUUUCGCAUCGACUUUAAGGCACUUAAAAAUGAAGGAUUUUGUUUUUUAAACUAUUUAAAAAAAAAUCAAGGGCCGGGCCCUGUUCUCAGAGAUGAAUUGGAUAACGGGGAGAGGGGGGAGUGUCCAUGGAGACGUCUCGUUCAAAUGACAUCCAGAUCUUUAUUUUCAUGUUUGCUCACUUCCACACCUAAUACACGCACACUCUCAAAGGGAUCCAACACAUACAAGCUCAGUGCUCCAGUCCGCCUUGAAUCAGAAGAUAAAUGUCAUAAUGCAGGCUGAAGAGCUUGGAAUCAACAAGGUUUCCACAGACCUAAAGAGGUAUCAGGUAAUUCCCCACCACUACCAUAGGUGUGUGGUGCCCUGACCUGGAUAGCCCAGGUGAACCUGAUCUUGUCAGAUCUCAGAAGCUAAGCAGGGUCAGUCUUGGUUGGUAAUUGGAUGGAAGACCUUCAAUGAAGACCAGGGUUGCAGAGGCAGGCAAUGGCCAACCACCUCUGUUAGUCUCUUGCCAUGAAAACCCCACCAGGGGUUGCCAUAAGUCAACUCUGACUUAAGGGCACCACACACACACACACACGUAGGCUGAACCAUUAUGCUAAAUCAGCUAUAAGCACAGAGGCCUUGUCAAACUUGAAGCCUGCCCCGUUCCCAGCCUUUUGGGAGGGGAGCCCAAGUCCCCUCCCAUUAUUUCCUUGUGGCAUCUGAUGAAACUAUUGUCUGUGAAUACGUUAGCUUGUAGUGCAGCAAGAAUCUGUCAUUUUUACUGCCAGAGAUUUAAUGCCACAGCCCUUCUGAAAUAGAUCCCCACAGCCGUGGGACUGCCCCUCUUCGCUUUCCAUUCUUUCCCUUGGGGAUGCUUCCCUUCUUGCCUCAUUUUAUGGAGCAACUCAAAACAGUGUUCUUAGGGUCCGUAGAUACACGGCAGCAGAAUCAAGUGGUAUGGUUGUCCUAGAGUGGGGGCUCUAUGUUCAGAUAGAAAAAUCACGUAAGAGAGAGAAGGCAAAGCUAAACUUUUCUCCUCAAUAUUUCAGCUUUAUAUGCAGCAAAUUUAUUUUCAUCAGGAGCAUUCAAAGAUACAGCCUCAUACCUCUUUAGGCUGCAGGUGACAAGACUGGGCCCAGCUUUACCCAGCUGCUCUUGGCAAUGGUCUCUAUUUACCCGCGGCUGCAAGGAAACAGUUCGGCACAGGGACUCCUUGUCUCCAUUAGCCUGGCCUUAAACCACUGCAGCUGCAGAGCUGCUUCCCUCUUACAUCAGAUAAUAGUGCCUUACAAGGUACUGAAGUUGUUUAGCGUACCUUCCUUUACAGCUUUGGUGGGAAACAAGCAAAAUAAAGAUAUGGAUGUCUUUUUUUGAAAAGAAGAAGAAAACCAGCUAGAUCUUUGUAAAUAAACUGGAAGAUAACAGCACAUCAACAAGAGUAUACCUGUCUACAUAAUAACGGUGCAGCAAGAUUUAUUUUUGUUUACAAGGAAAAAUGGGAAAAUGGCUCGAUCUCUCUUUUUCCUCAGCCCCCACUUUUACUACUUCUGAGAACUACUUAGUUUACAUUUUGUUUAUCAGGGAUUUUCGGGGGGAGGAGAAUCAAUGCAUACAAUCAUUACAAUCUUGUCAAAAUUGGCAAUGGUUUGUGUUUUAAAAACUAGCUCUGGAUAAUAAAUACUGAUAUUGGUGGCAAAAGAUAAUGUGUUAAUAACCCAGCUAAUGUUUAAAGGUGGAAUUUUUAAAGAAGACUCUCUGACAGGGUGAAUUCAGGUUGAAGAUAAUACCAUCAUAUAAGCAUGGGUAAUGUUUAGGAAAAUAGAUUUUUUUUUUUUAGGAAAAUAGAUUUUUAUUUAAUAAUAACCAUUCUACAACAACAUGUUUAGGAAGCUCUCCUUGGUGAGCAUGUUAACUGUCGGAGUUAUCAACUGUACUUUUCCCCAGUCCCGUCACUGAUACCAGUAAUCAGGGCUUUUUUUCAGCGGGAACAUGGUGGAACGGAG